AUGGCCUCCAACCCCACUAUCCUUCUUCUGUCCAAGGAGUUGCUAACAGAUGAGAACUUCAUGAAAUGGAAGUCUAAUAUCAACAUAGUGUUGAAUGGAGACAACUCAAAAUUCGUGAUGACUGAAACCGAACCUGACUUUCCGAGAGAGAACCCCUUGAAGGUCAUGAGGGGGAAGUAUGAACGUUUGACUACUGCCAACAACAAGGCCAAGGUGUACAUGCUUGCCAGCAUGUUAGAAACGCUAAUGACUAAGAUGGAGAAUGUCAAAACUGCUUACGACAUCAUGGAUCAACUCCAAGAAAUGUUUUGGCACAAGUCGGCGCAAGCUAGUUUCGAGGCUACCAAGAGGUAUGUUAACUGUAGGAUGGCACCUGGCCAACAUGCUCGUGAUCAUUUCAUUUAG